UCUUAUUUAACCCACCUCCGCCAACAACGAGGGCAUGAACAGCACGUCAUUGCAUAUUCGGGUGUAGGUUACUCUGCUAUAUAUGAAGCCUUAUUAGUUUAAUUUCUGUUUCCUUUGUUAAUUCUCUUUAUUAUUUCUGCAGUUUUUAUAUCCCACUGUGCUCUGAUAUAUAAAUAUAUGUCAUAGAGAAAAUAUUUAUCCCGUCAUGGCCCCUAGCAGGAAGAAGAAGAAGCCUGCUUCAAAUCCAGCCAGAGGGUUUACAACAGUCUCAGUACCAUCAAAGGUAAAGGCGACUGAAUCUUCAGCAUCACUAUCAUCGGCCAAUGCGCCAACGCAGCCUCAGGGGGAGUUACAACGCUCAACUGAGUCGCCAUCAACCGCUUCCGUCGGAGUCCAACCGCAGCCUGAGCUUCAGCAGCUAUCCCCAGAUGAGCUUCAAAAGCACCUUGAGGAUGCUGAGCUACAGCUACUGGUUGAAAAGUAUGGCGUCAAGUGCAAGAACGAUUCCACUCGCCAGGUGCUCAAGCUAGAGACCGAGAAACGUAUCUUGCGGACCCAGGCUUCACAUCUAAAUGUUGCGGACUGGUUAUCUCCUGAAAUUCUCAAUGAAAUCAUGGAAAAAGAGAAACUGGAGAUAAAGAAGUCCAGUGAGCAAACUUCGAGACCCGAAAUGGAGGAGGCCCAGAUACAUACAGAAGGAGAGGAACUCUCUAUAAAACUUUGGACGCUUCGACAAUCUUUAAAAGGUUUGGGCUUUGCGCAGCAGAACAUUGAUGCAGCGCUAAAAGCCACUCUGCAACUUUAUUUCAAUGAUCCAACAGCUAGUAAGGACAUUGUAUGGGGCUUAGACCUGGCUUUAGAAUGGCUUGGGAUGAAUUGCGAUGAGAAGGAGUUGCCUGUCUACGACAAACCAAGUUCCAAGUCCUCGAAAAUUGCUACCGAAGAUGCUACCUUUGAAAAGAGCAACACAUUCCCAACUCCGUCUACCACUGGCUAUAAUACUCCAAGUGAUGCUCGCUCACAACCACGGGAAACUCAAAUCAAAUCAUCCCUGAGCCUGUCCAGCGCUAGUUCUGAUGAGUCUGAUAGUGACCCAGACUCUCUUGUUCCCAAAUAUAUUGAACUCCGAACGCAGCUCUACAUGCAACAGCCAGAUUUGUUUAACCAGACGAAUAAGCGACAAAGAAAAGGAGUUUUACCAGUGACAUUGGCUAAUGAUCAGGCUUCAUCCAACAUCGCCAAGCUCAAGAAAAAACUCGCAAAAAUUGAAAACGACGUAUUAUUCGAUCGCGAUGAGGCCGAGAAUAUAUGGCAGAGUAAGCUCUCCGAGCUAAGGGAACAUACUGCAAAAUUCCUCCAAAAUGCAGCCACUCGAGAAUCGCAGCCUGAAACGCCGCCUAUUGAGUUAAAAGACACCCAAGUUCAAGACUCCUCUGACGUAUUGAUAGAAACCAUUUUGUCUGAUUCAAAUGAAAAUGAUGAUAUGUUAGGUGGUUUGUUUGCUGCUGAUUUGGAAGGCCCUUCGGCAGCGGUUUCGAACACAGAGGCAGAGGGAAACACAGUAGUACGAAGUAGGGAUUUUGGCAAGCCAACGGGCAUGACCCCGCGACGGGUUCUCGAAGAAGGUUGCCGGGCAAGGGACUCUGGGUGUAAAAUAUCUUACAAAGCAAUUUCCUCUACUGCCUUUUCCCACCGAAAAGAGAUCGAAAUUAAAUGGUCAAAAGCACAAGAUAUCCCACCUCAGGUACCGUUGAGUGACAUAUCGUACAAAGGAGAUUCACAUUUGGUAUGCGCGGCAAUGACUUCAUUGUCGACUCCCACCCCCUUAGAGGCUGAGUCGUAUAUUUCGAUGGUGGCUCUUUUCGCAAUAUUUUCUCAUUCUCAGAAAGAGAGUAAAAUUUACAUGAAGUUGCCUGCUGUGUGGCGAGAACUAUGGGAUGAAUUUGCUCAUGUCAAGAAAGAGUAUGACGACGAAGUUGAUAAAGGAAUUCUGAAGGACAUUCAAAGGUUAGUCCAAGAGAAAAUGUCAACGCUGGAGGAAGACGUUGUUCUUUUGGAGAACUUCAGGAAACGGAACAGCGGAGUCAAUUCUCCUGCUCCACGGGGAGAUAGCUGGUCGAAAAAAAUCACCAAGACGCAUGAGCAGCUCCAAGAUCUUUGGGUACAAAGAUCUUCAACAUCUUCUUUUGCGUCCAUGGAGUUUUCCAGAAAGUCGUUGCCCAUAUGGCAGUUCAAGGACCACAUUCUAGACACUCUUGCAGCCAAUCAAGCAAUAAUUAUCUGCAGUGAAACAGGGAGCGGGAAAAGUACCCAAGUACCUUCAUUUAUACUGGAGAAGGAGCUGCUAUCAGGUCAUGAUUGCAAAAUUUAUGUCACGGAGCCGCGGCGUAUUUCAGCAAUGUCAUUGGCUAAAAGAGUGAGCGAGGAGCUUGGAGAAGAUAAAAAUGCUGUAGGAACAAGUCGUUCCCUAGUUGGAUAUGCUAUCAGAUUGGAAAGUAAAAUCUCCAGCUCAACACGACUAAUAUUUGCCACAACAGGUGUUGUGGUUAGGAUGUUAGAGCGGCCUAAGGAUUUCCAGGAUAUUACACAUCUAGUAUUGGAUGAGGUGCACGAACGUACAAUCGACAGUGAUUUCCUUCUAAUUAUCCUCCGUAGGUUGAUGCAGGAAAGGCCAGAUCUAAAACUUGUGUUGAUGUCAGCUACCGUUGACGCUACGCGAUUUUCAAAGUAUCUCCAUGGUGCCCCUAUCUUGGACAUUCCCGGUCGGACAUUUCCUGUCGAAGUUAAAUAUCUAGAGGACGCAAUCGAGGUUACAAAACAUCGUCCAAAUAGUGAUGGGCUUUCUGCGCUCACAGAUGACAGCGACGAUUCGCAUGACGAGGCACUUGAGAAGCCUAUUGAAGACUUAGCAUCUUCAUUGGCAGGAUACAGCAGACAAACCCGAGAAACUGUAACUGGAUUUGAUGAAUACCGCCUAGACUAUAAACUCAUAGUCAGCCUCCUCUCGGCAAUUGCAACCAAAAAGGAGUUUAAGCAAUAUAGCAAAGCCAUACUAGUUUUCAUGCCGGGAAUGGCAGAGAUACGACGGCUCAAUGACGAAAUCCUAUCCGAGUCGUUAUUCAACAAAGGUGACUGGAUUAUACACGCGCUACACUCUUCAAUUGCUAGUGAGGAUCAAGAAAAGGCUUUUCUUAUCCCCCCUAUAGGUAUGAGGAAGAUUGUGAUAGCGACAAAUAUCGCAGAAACAGGUAUUACAAUCCCUGAUAUUACGGCCGUUAUCGAUACGGGCAAAGAAAAAGUUAUGCGGUUCGAUGAGAGGAGGCAGCUAUCCAAAUUAGUUGAAUCGUUCAUAGCGCGCGCCAACGCAAAGCAGCGGCGGGGGCGUGCCGGCCGAGUGCAGAGCGGACUUUGUUUCCAUCUGUUCACGAAAUUUCGACAUGACCAAUUGCUUUCAGAACAACAAACUCCUGAAAUACUCCGGCUUUCAUUACAAGAUCUUGUCCUUCGGGUGAAAAUAUGUAAUUUGGGAGAAGUUGAACAGACUCUUUCGGAAGCCAUCGACCCACCCUCAUCCAAAAAUAUUCGCCGGGCUAUCGAAGCUCUUAAAGAGGUCAAGGCAUUGACAAAUGCGGAAAAUCUUACGCCGCUCGGCAGACAACUUGCGAAGCUGCCUUUAGACGUCUUCUUAGGGAAGCUGAUUAUAUACGGCGCAUUUUUCAAAUGUUUGGACAGCGCUGUCAGCAUCGCCGCGAUUCUUUCAUCUAAAUCUCCAUUCAUUACUGCGGUUGGCUCUAGCACGCAAAGAGAACUUGCUAAACUAGUGUUUAAACGAGGAAACUCCGACCUUCUGACUGUUUACAAUGCGUAUUUAGCCUGGAAACGGCAUAGAAGUACCCCAGGAAUGAGCGAAUAUGCAUUCUGCAGAAAAAAUUAUCUAAGCCCGCAAACAUUGCUCAAUAUCGAAGAUGUGAAAAUGCAGCUCUUGGUAUCAAUUGUUGACGCAGGACUGCUCAGCCUUGACCGCGCAGAGCAAGAAUCUCUUGCCAGAUCCCGCUUUACCGGCCGCCAACGCCAAUUCUUUACUGUGCCCAAACGGGUAGAUAUCAAUAGCGAAAACGACAUAAUCAUAAACUCGGUCAUCGCGUGGAGCUUUUAUCCCAAACUACUUAUCCGCGAGGGGAAAGGCUGGAGGAAUGUUGCUAAUAAUCAACCCGUGUCUCUCCAUCCAACAUCAGUGAACAAGAGGCCAGACCCCACGGUGAAAUGGCUUUCAUUCUAUCACAUUAUGCAGGCUCGCAGUCGAUACCUGAAUGCCCACGAAACUAGCCCGGUGGAAGAUUUUGCGGUUGCAUUGCUCUGUGGCGACGUCGAGUUCAAGUUAUACGCCGGCAUAAUCUCCAUAGAUGGUUCCCGCAUUCGAUUCUCCGUUAAGGAUUGGAAAUCAAUGCUCGCCCUCAAAGCACUCACCACUGGAAUAAGAAAUGUGCUAUCGUUCACCAUCCGUAAUCCGCGCAAAGAAUUAACGCCCAGCCAACAAGGUUGGAUUGAUUUAUGGCAGCAGGUGUUUUCAGAGGCAAGGGAAAGAGAGCUUCGAAGGAGUGGCUAGAAGUUAGAGAGAGUCAGUCUCGUUUGUCUUGCUUUUUCUUUUUUUUAUUACUUUUUUUAAUGAAGUACAAGGAAAAUCCUUCGAGGAUGCCUCUUCGAUCGAGCACGAAACAAGUUGUGUAUGUUGAGUGGGAGUACCACACUUACUGGGAUAUCUACAUUUUCUCUCUUAUUUAGAUGGUGGCUAACCCUGGAGGGAGGGUUGGAUACUUAUUUGGUUUAUUAUAUUGCAGGUCAUUCGGCUACAAAGUUAGAACUACCGCGGUUUUCAUCCAUUCCCUGAAUAGAUGCCAUGCGAAUGAGUAUAUUCUAGACGUCUAUCAUAACUAUCUAUUUCCAUACAAGAGUAACCAAAGCAAAUUCCAGUACUCAUAAACAUAAUGUACGUGUCUGGAAUCACCGGGUUUCGUUGAAGCACGUAACAUUAAGAUAGGAGAGACAUAAUACAAUGAAUCACACGUAACGGGCAUGGGAAAAUGAAAAAAAUAAACCCUCUAAAACCCCUUCCUAUUGCUAUGAUUCUCGUUGAAACAUACUCAUGACGCUUCUUUGUUUAUCCGGCGCCAUGUGCAAAGUUGCAAAUCGAGCCUCCGGGAGUCGGCAUCCGACUUUGAUGCUUUCCAGAACCCUAUAUUCGAGCAGGAACUAGUCAGCACCCUUUAGAAUCGAAACGCCUUUAAUGACGAA